AGUAAAUAAGAUGUUUGUUUAAAACAAUAUAAAAAAUUUCGAAUUUUAUAUUCUACCAGUAUUACUUCUCGAGGGCAUUUAAAACAUCACCAAGCAUAUUGAAAUUGGAGUUAUAGUAAUAGAAAAUGAUUCCAAUAAUCAUAAACAUUCUUUGGAUUUCAUUGUGUCUACAUGGAGCGAACAGUGCAAAAAUUUUGGGCAUAUUUCCCGCACCGUCCUUCAGCCACCAACAAACUUUCCAGCCCAUUUGGAAGGAACUGUCCUUACGAGGACAUAAUGUUACAGUAAUAACUACGAACCCCCUUGGAAACAACAGUUUGAUAAAUUUAACGGAAAUCAACGUGGGAUUCACAUACGAACACCUUCUGAACAGCAGCUUCAUUCAACAUCUUUACGAACCGGAUAGUGUCUUCAGGAAAGUGUACGAUAUACACCGACUUGGACUAGAAAUUAACGAAGCGCAGAUAAUGCACGAGAAAAUCCAGCAUAUUCUGAACGAAAACGAAACGAAGUUCGAUCUAAUCUUAAUUCAAGUGGUUCAAAGUUUCACUGAUUUGACGUUCGGAUAUGCCGCAAAAUACAAAUGCCCAGUAGUUGGAAUAUCCUCGUUAGGAGUGUUCUUUCAUUUUCAUGACUUUCUCGGUAAUCCCACACAUCCAGUCGUUUCGCCAGAUAUGAUGCUGGGAUUUGCAGGAAAAAUAAACUUUUUCCAAAAACUUCAAAGUUUGUUGUAUAACUUGUGGUAUCGAUUGUUUUAUUACUGGUAUAUUUUACCGAAUGCUGAUAGAGUAGCGAGGAAGCAUUUUGGGGAUGAUAUGCCUUAUCUGGGAGAUAUUGAGAGAAAUAUGAGUCUUUUGUUGGUUAAUAGCAAUCCUGUUAUCCAUGCAGUUAGACCGAAUGUGCCAAAUAUUGUGGAAAUUUGUCGGUUGCAUAUUAGCGAGAAAAAGCCUUUACCAAAGGAUAUAAAAGAUUAUCUGGAUUCAUCGACACAAGGAGUAGUUUAUUUUAGCUUGGGAAGCAAUGUAAAAAGCACUUAUUUAUCAGUGGAAGUCAGGCAAGAGAUAAUAAAAGCUUUAGGUGAACUACCAUAUAACGUUCUAUGGAAAUGGGAAACAGAUCAUCUGCCUGAUAGACCACCAAACGUGCUAACCAGGAAAUGGUUACCACAACAAGACAUUUUAGGACAUCCGAAUAUUAAGGCAUUUGUUACUCAAGGUGGACUUCAGUCUAUCGAAGAGGCUAUUACCAAUGAAGUCCCUUUGGUUGGCAUUCCAUUUAUUACAGAUCAACCGUCAAAUAUAAAGAGAAUCGUAGAACUUGGAAUGGGACAAAUGGUGGAACAACAAACACUCACAAAGGAAAAAUUGAAGAAGGCUAUACUAGAAGUAGCGGGGGAUCCCGAAUAUAAAGAAAACGUCUCGAAAGCGAAGUCUAUUAUGGAUGAUCAACCGAUGAAAGGAGUGGAUAAAGCGGUUUGGUGGAUUGAAUACGUUAUAAGACAUAAUGGCGCGAAACAUUUACGAAGUCAAGCGGCUGAUAUGUCUUUUUUCGAAUACUUUAUGAUCGAUGUAGCAUUAUUUUUAUUCGCCUGUAUUUUUGCAAUGUAUUAUUUAGUAGCUAAAAUCGUAUCUGCAGCGAAACAAUGCACAAACUCUAACAAUAAAGUUAAAAGAAAUUAACAAAGUGC